AGGCCUUUAGUGUUCAAGCUGAGACAACAGGCUGGGCACACAAUGCAGGAGAAGGAACUAUCAAGAUCUGAAACCAGAAAAAAAAUAAAAAAUAAAAAAAAUCCCCAGCAGAAUCAGAAGAUGCUGAUAACUCUAAAUAUAAAAAGCAUCAGUGUUCCCCUAAGCAACUUUGACACUACUAGAGUCUUUGGACUUCCUUGUGUCAGGAUCUGUAGAUGCAUCUCGUGUCACUGAGCCGCUCUGUUUCCAUUGAGUGUCAGGGGUUUUACAACAUGGUAAUGAGCGGCGCUGGCCCACUCUGUCCACUCCGCUUCUAUGGCUGUUGCUGAGAGACAAAGUAGAAGUCACCCGGGCGCUCAGAGAGAGUGGAGAAGAGGCCUUUUAAAACAACAACACCGCCAUAACUCAUAGUGCGUCUGCAGGGCGAGGGAAGGAGGGAAGUGUGUGAGCGGAAGGGACGCAGAGUAGAGACAAGAGGGACUGAAUGGAAGAUUAAACUUGUGCAACAAGACAAACAAGAAAACAAUCGGCACGUCUGAUGGCAAUGCUGGGAGUGCACUGAUUUGGAUGAUGCUCAUUUUCUGUAAGAGGACUUAACUUGCUCUGCAAGAUGACGGGCGCACUUGCAUCACCUCUGCAGGCGCUACUCUGGAUUCUUUGUGCAGUUUUGAUGACCACAUCUGGAGAGGACGCUCCCUGUCCAAUAGGAGGUCGGAUCCACCUGGCCAGUCUGCGAUGCUAUUGGCUCUCUGAGUCGAGAUCAUCUUGGUUUGAGGCGCGGGAUUCGUGCAGAAAUACUCGCGGAGGGGAUCUCGCUUCUGCUGACAGCCCCGAGCUGAGAAAUUUCAUCUUCUACUCCUUUCCAGUGAAAACCUCUGUGUGGGUUUGGCUGGGAGGAGAGAGACUCGGUGAGACACAGGAGAUGUGUACCCAGAUAGCAUUGGGCACACAGGGAAGGUGGAGGAAAGCUCAGUGUGCCGGACGGUACAUCUACCUCUGUGAGAGUGAAGUCACCGAGUCUUUACCAUCUCAAGACAGUUACCUGACCGGAUUGGUUCUCAUGACCGGCGUCUAUGCUGGCUCCCGGAUAAACCCCCUUCCCAGUGUCCCAGAUACUGGACAGCACACAGUGGAGAUGCAGCUUUUCCCAGGCGUGUGGUUCAGUCACGCAGGUCAGCUCGCAUCGGUGGAACUGGUUGUUCAGCCCAGCCCUGUGUCCUCUCUGGCACGUGUCCAGAUCCUCCGACCCUACUGCAACCCCAACCACCACUUGGUGCCUCCAGGUUGCAGCUCUCUCCUUAAUCCAUUCAGUUGCUGCUCGGCGGUGCCGCUGUGUAACACCACAGGGGGCUGCAGCAUGGGACAGCACUGGUGCCAUCUGCUGGAGGCCUGUGUGCCCACCACCAGUCCGUGUAGCCCCUACGACCCUGCGGCGGUGAGACGCGGCUUUGCCUUGCCGCCUAGGUACCCCGCACUGCCGCCCUUCUACCACCUGGUAGCAGAUCUGCCUCUGAGAAUAACUCCUAGCUCUGAACUGAAAACUCUGAGACUUGUCCUCCCAGAGCGAGCCAUCAUGGUGUACCCUGAUGACGUUGUGGCUAUACAACACACUCUCGACUCUGGAGCGUUUCUGCACUGCCUAAAUAGUGAGGCCUCUCUAAACUCACCCUGGCACCAAAGUUACCUGUCCUUCCGGGGGACGGAGUGGGGAGGGUGGUUGGAGGGAGGUCUCACUUCACUGCCUAAAGGAAGCAAAUGGGUAGAUGGGGUGGUGUGUGAUCUGAGGAUGAUGUAUGUGGACACACUACACGGAGCUACUUCACAUGAACAUAUCUUUGGCGACUCUCACACAGAGACAAGCACAGCCCCUGAUAUUAGGCCCCUGACUGGCGGCCCUAACCCCAGUCUGAGAUCUAAAUUCAGACUUCACGUCAUCCACCCAUUGCCAGAUGCAAAUAACCAGAUUCAUGUCCAAAUCAACAUCCCAACUCUCAUUGUUGUCGAGGCCCUUUUCGGCGAGAACGCCAGGAGCUCGUGGUCAGGCCCGGUGCUGCAGACCGGAGUCCCCUUUCUUCAGUCAUGUCCUGAAGAAGUUCUCCAAUCUUCUCCUGGCUGUGAGAAACAGUCCAGCGAGGCCUGGUUCUCUGCUGUGACUCUGGUGUUGCCAUCAGUGGGAGCACAGGUGCUGAACAUCAGCGUGACGGACGUAGAAAGCUUUGAAAGUGUGAGCGUGAAGGUUUGUGGCUACGAGGCCGUGACGGGACUUAGUGUUGAGCCGUAUGGAUGCCCAAGGAUGCUCAUAGACACAUCGCAGUCAUUUACAGCCAAAGUGGAGAGAGGCUCCUCAGUAAAAUUCAUGUGGGUGAUCGACAGCCUGGAAGAGUUUGCCUAUGAAGGUGAAUCUUACAGUGUUAUGUUCAAGAAACCUGCAGAAUAUAAUCUCCAGGUGACAGCGUCCAACCCUGUGAGCUCUGAAAGCCAGAAAAUCUUCCUGACUGCUGAUGAAGUGACACCACUGGCUGAGCCGGAGUUCCUCUCUGUCAGGGAGGUUGUAGCUGUGGAUGCUGUUCACCUCUAUACUGUGAAGGUCAGAGUGGAUAUCUCCCUUCCUGUUACCUUCAGGUGGCAGUUUGGAGACGGCAGUAACAGUGUCGUCCACACCCAGCCUGCUCCCUGUCAGGCCAUGGAAGGACAUGUGGUAAAAGGAGGCAAGCAGGUCUAUGUCCAGGACUCAGUGAACCAUACCUAUUCAAUCCCAGGGGACUACAUACUUCAUGUUCAUGUCUCCAGUCAGCAUGACAGCACAGACACAUCCAUGAAGAUAAAUGUCCGCCAUCAGUUAAAUAGCCUCUUCAUUUCUGCUUCUGCUUCGGUGCUCCUCGUCAAACAGACUUUCCAAAUGGAGGCUUCCAUCGAGCCUUCCACCUCUGCUGUUUUCUACACAUGGGACUUUGGCGAUGGCUCCCAAGCCAUCCGUGGCAUCCACCGUAAAGUCAGCCACACUUUUGGAUCUGCAGGAGUUUAUAACGUCACAGUAUGUGCCAGCAACAAUCUUACUUCUUUGACUGCCUGGGAUAUGGUGGUAGUUGUGGAGAAAAUCUCCGGUUUGACUGUCGCUCACAGCGCUCCAAGAGAGGCGGGCACUGUUAUGGACUUCAAAGCUAAAGUUGCCUCUGGUAGCAGUCUCAUUUGGGAUUUUGACUUUGGUGACGGGUCCCAGGUGGCAAACCUGACAGAUGGUUGCAUCUCCCAUGUCUAUAAGUUGCCCGGGAACUAUAAAGUAGAUGUAAAAGUCUCUAAUUCUGUCAGCCAGGCUCAUCGGUCUAUAACUGUUGAGGUUUAUAGAUUGACUGUUAGUGGAGUUCUCCCAACAGAAUGUGUCGUAAGUGGAAAAGACAUACAAUUUAAUGCCCUGGUGAAUGGAAACAGUUCCAGUCUGACUUUCCAUUGGCUGUUUGGAGAGGAUUCACCUUUGACUGUGGCGGGACAGUCAACAGUCACGCAUAUGUUUCCAAACCAUGGGAUUUUUUAUCUUAAUCUGACUGUGUUUAGUUCUGCCACAUCUGUAUCAUAUAGUAGAAGUAUAUGUGUCGAAAGUCCAAUAACUAAUGUUGAGGUUUGGCCAUCAAAGGAUGUAGUGCCAGUUGGAGAGGAAGUGUGUAUCAAAGUGUUAAUUUCCCCUGAACAAAUUACAGGUUACCAGUUUAAGUGGUUUACUAAAUCCUCUGGCUUUGCAUCCCUGACAGAAAACUCUCAAAAAUGUUUUGUCUUUAGAGAUGCAGGUGUUCAAGAGGUGUCAGUAACGGCAAGCAACAAAGUGAGCAACAAAACAACCAAAACUGACGUCACCAUUCAAGAACCUGUGAGUCAGCUCUCUGUCAUGCACGAUAGUCAAAGUGACACUCUGACCGUCAAUACAUUAGUGUCCUUUUGGGUUGCCAGUUGCGUUGGCAGCAAUGUGUCGGUGCUGUGGGACUUUGGAGAUGGGACUCCCACAGAGCAGAAGCACAACAUAUCACACGUCUUUACCUCAACGGGUCAAUUCACAGUUACUGCCACAGCAUUUAAUGUUGUUAGUCGAGACUCUACAACUCUCAGAGUUAAUGUUUUAUUUCCUGUUUCCAACCUUUCACUUCACACCAGCCAGCCUUAUGCUGCGGUAGGGGAGGAAAUCCUUAUCACAGCUAUUAGCACUGCUAUUAGCAGCACAAGCUACUUCUGGACAAUAGAAGGUGUCACUUCAAUGAAACAGGGUACUUAUGAGUUUAGAUAUAUUUUCCCCAAGGCAGGGGUAUAUCAAGUAAAGGUUAUAGCCCAGAACCUUGUGAGUAGAAGGGAGGCAGCUAUUUUAAUCAAGGCCUUUGAAAGGAUACAGAGUCUUCAGAUUGAAUGUCAAAACCUGAUAGAUAAGAAAUAUGUACCUGCCCAUGAGGAGCUGCUGUUUAUCGCUUCAUUCACCAGAGGCUCCAACGUCACUUAUGACUGGCUUUUAACACAGAGCGGAAUAAACCGUCAAGUUACAGCAGAUCGAAAGAUUUUUCAUGUGUCAGCUGAAACGGCUGGCAGUAUUUUAGUUCAGCUUAGAGCCUCUAAUGUCUUGAGCGAAGCUACCAGCAGUGUUUCUUUACUCGCAGUAGAGCGUGUAACGAGCGCACACAUAGCAGCACAAUCAAACCUUGUGGCCCUAGGGAAAGUAGCAAACAUCUCUGUAUUUGUGGAUACCGGGUCAGACUUACACUACCUUUGGUAUGUGAAUUCAGAUUUUCCACCCCUGCAGACACAGGAACCCUUUCUUCUCUACACUUUUUCAAGUCUGGGUCAUUGUCUUGUCAAAGUUUCAGUUCAAAAUGUAAUUAGUCAGAGUAACAACACCAAAGAAUUUUUGGUUCAGGAAGAAGUUCAAGGGGUGGACUUUCAAAUUGACAGCAAGAAACUUCCAUUUUAUGUAAAUACAAGUACUGCGCUUUACUUUCUUGGGCACAUCUACAAGGGCAGUGAUCUCCACUGGGACUGGAAAGUUAGAACUGCCAAACAGAACCUUUUCACCUCCACCAAUCAAACUUUUAUUUACAGUUUUCCACAUGCAGCCACCUACCAGGUGUAUGUGAAUGUCUCCAAUGGGAUAAAUUGGCAGGUGGUUUCACACAAUGUCACAGCCCAGGAUGCAAUCCAAGGUCUUAUGCUGAAUAUUAGCAAGCCUUCUUUAUGCACUGAGGAACAAGUAACAUUUACUCCAACAAUUUCCAAAGGCAGUGAUGUAAGCUAUGUUAUAACAUUCAGAAAUAAAGAUUGGAUUCAAAGUCAAGAUAUUUCUGAAGGCCAGUUCGUCACAUCAAGCCUUCCGGUUGGGAGCCACCAAGUUACAGUGAAAGCACUGAACCAGGUUAGUAAUGCAGAGGCAUCCUCUACCAUCCUGGUAACUGAGCAAAUUCAAGGUCUGCAACUUGUCAACUGUUGUUCCAGUACUCUAGAGGCUUUUAAAGGAGUCCAGUUUAAGGCAGAAGUUCAAAGUGGGUUUCCAACCAACUAUACCUGGAUAUUCUCUUUGGAAAAGGCUGCACUCACCCAGUUAACAGGACAAGAAGUAACCUAUACUCCAUCGGAGAAUGGUUCACUGUCUUUUAGCUUACUAGCCAGCAAUGGAAUCUGCUCCCAGAGGAUAAACCAGACUGCAAUAGUUGAAUUGCCCAUUAAGAAAGUCAAACUUGUCUGUAACUCACAAAAGCUAUUUGUUGGACAUUCUGUUAGAUUUUCUGAGACAGUGAAUGAAGGAAGCAAUGUCCGAUACCUGUGGGAUUUUGGAGAUAACACAGAGUUGUUAUCGGACUCAAGUACCAUCAAUCAUACUUUUUACUAUAAUGGAAAAUACACCGUCACAGUCAAAGUUCUCAACGAUGUAAGUGACGUGUCCACAAAACUAGACCUCGAAGUGGAAGAGCUUCAGUGUUCCAGCCCACAAGUUGUCAUGGUCCAGAGUCAGUCCACUAUCUUCAGAUCCAGACCAAGUUAUUUCGAAGCCAGCGUGGACGUUAACUGCACUGUUUACAGGACUACCUAUCGAUGGGAGUUAUUCAGUGAAUCCUAUUGCACCAAUGACAACACAGAUUUAUCUGGGAGCAGCAUCGACCUGGGGGAUGCAGCGUCCCCUUUUCUAUUACUUCCAAAGCAUACUCUCAAUGUGGGAUGCUACUGCCUGGUAUUCACAGUCUCCUUCCAGGGAACUCCUCUUCUUGUCCAACGGAACACCAAUAUCACAGUGGUCCACUCCCCGUUAGUAGCUGUCAUUAAGGGAGGCUCCCACAGAGUGUGGCCAAUCCUCAGUGACCUUGUCCUUGAUGGAUCAGGUUCUCAUGACCCUGAUAUGGAAGCCGGAGUGGAGGAAACACUGCAGUAUCAAUGGACCUGGAUGUCAGUGAACUCCACAGAGUCUCCUUUUAUAAAGCCACCAAUUGGGACUAUCAGCAGCAGGAUGACUAUACUCAGCAGUAAGCUGCACCCAAGCACACUCUACCUUUUCACCGUCACUGUCCACAAGACAGGGAGGACACCUGCCUCUGUUAACCAAACGGUAACUAUUAGUGAAGCUCCGGUGCUACUUUUGACUGUGGAAUGCGUAUCUUGUUCUGCCCUCUCACCUACUCAUCACAGUAGUCACAGCAUGCCUGUUGUCCUUGCUGGACAAUGCAGAGAAUGCAACGACCAGGCACAGUACCAAUGGAGAGCUGAGCAACAGGGUGGCACCACCCUAGACCUUGAUGAAGCCACCACCUCUACAGGGAAACAUUCUCCUAACUUGGUGGUGCGUUCAGGUGUCCUUCAGCCAGGGCAGAGUUAUUCCUUCACCCUCAGUGUAUCACAACCUGAUAGUGGGCGUUGGGGCAGUGCCAUCCUUACAAUACAGCUGAGCUAUCCGCCCAACGGCGGCCUAUGUGAUCUCAGUCCAGAGUCGGAUAUACGUCUUCUGGAGACAGUGGUCACGUACAACUGUUCAGGUUGGCAGAGUGAUCAAAGCAGGGCCUCUCAGCUGAUCUAUACCUUCCAAGCUACAACCUGCCACCCCACUUGUAAAGCGUGCCCUGUGCUCACUCUCUACAGGGGUACUCGGUCAACAUUCAGCUGCCUGGUCCCCAUGGGGAUCCCUGGACAACAGAAAAACACAUCUGUUAUCACAGUUAUUCUGCUGGUAGAAGAUGAUCUGGGAGCAAAGGCUGUUGCUCUGAACAGAACAUUGACAGUUGAAAACCCUACAUGGGACGGUGUUGCCAGUCAGUGGCUCAGAAACAAGAGCCAGACAGAACUGUGGGCAUUGGUCCAACAUGGCAACCCCCAAGAGAUCAUCCCUUAUUCCAUUGCCCUCACCAGCAAGCUCAAUCAGAUGGAGUUUGGACGGACUACUGGGGAACUCCAGGACAAGAGGGAGGUCCGGGUUAGUGUGACCCAGGCCCUCGUCUCUCUUCCUGUGUCCUCAUUGCUGGAUGUUGAUCAAAUCAGCUCAGCACUGUCACAAUCUACUGCUGUUCCUAGUGAGUUGGUGUGUGAGAGCUGCUGGGAGAAAGUUCUUGAAUCUGUGAGGAAGAUGAUUCAUGUUAUAGAAGAACAGACGAGUCCCGCCGUUUUGCCAGCUGUUCACACAGGGAGAAACAUCCUUGAUGUUAUAGGUAACACCCUGGCGGCUGGACCUGAGUCAGCCAGUGCUUCCGGUUCUCCCCCUACCUACUCAGACCCUCUGCAGACAACUUCAGCAGUCGCCUUGUCAGCACUGGGCCACGCCGGAACUCUGAUGCGCACUUUGAUGCGUUUGCAGGUUCUUGGUGAGGAGCCCCUUUCUCUUUCUACAAGCUACAUCAACACAAUUGGUUUCCAAGGAGACCCGUCUAAACUGCUCUGCUCUCAUCAGUCAAACAUCAGCCUUUCUGAGUCAUCAUCAGCUGAUGAAUCUGAAGGUUCUGGUCCGUGUCAGUUUCAUAUACCCAACUCCCUUACUGCGCACCUGAAGAGUGAGAGAUCUGAGGUGGUGCAGGUCCUGUUUGAUAUAAAUGGAGCACCGGAGAUCAGCCCUUUGCUGACAGCAGCUAACCCUCCAAUCUCUACGUCUCUGGUUGCCAUGGAGCUCACCACUCCUCAGGGUCAGUCCAUACCCAUCCAGGACCUGGGCCCUGAGCAGGCUAUUAGGGUCACCCUGCCCAACAAGUACCCUGUGCAGCAGGGUGAUGGAGGUGGAGAUGGGGGAGUGGGUGAAGCUGGAAAUGGGACAUGUCUUUCUGUAGAAAUUCCCCCCGAAGGACAGUUGAACUUCACGGUAAAAGCUCUGGACGACCGGGAUGAAAAUGCAGGUUUAUACAUCUCCUUCAACUUCAGCCUGGUUCCAGGAGCUACUCCAGCCAGCCUGGGACAUGUCAAGACAGAAGUGAGCUCUGCAGUGCCAGGGACUAAUGCAUCCCAGGAUUCCCUAGUGAGAGAGUGGGCUCUCACCCUCUCUGGUCUGGCCACCUCCUCAGAAGAAACUAUUUUUCUGUCUCCACUCUUGAAUGGGACAGAUAAGCCUCUCUAUGUCACCCUGACCUCAUCUCUGGUGGACCGUGGUCCUGUCCAGGUGUCCGUGUGCGUGUUCAGCUCUCUGUGCCGCUACUACAGCGUGAAGGAGAGCCGUUGGAGCAGUAAAGGUCUUCAGCCACUGGAGGGCAGCACACUCCACACAGCUCACUGUCUCACCCAGCACCUCACCAUGUUUGGGGCCAGUUUGUUUGUGCAUCCUGGGGCAGUUGUUCUGCUCCCGCCGUCAGGAGGACCCAUGCAGAACAUGGUGGUAGGGAUUGUGUGCGCCGUCCUGGUUCUCAUUCACCUGCUGGUGGGACUCAUUGCCCACAAGUUGGACCACUUGGACAGCCUGAGACAGAGCCACGUCCCUCUGUGUGGCCGGCCGGGGCUGUACCACUACAGAGUGCUGGUUAAGACCGGCUGGAGACCAGGGUCAGGUACCACAGCGCAUGUUGGCAUCAGUCUGUAUGGUGUGACCAAGAGCGGCUCUCGCCACCUGCAGAGGGAUGGAGCUUUUCAGCGUGGCAGCUUGGACCAGUUUCACGUGGAGACAGAUGACAACCUGGGAGAGGUUUGGAAAAUCCGCAUCUGGCACGACAACACAGGUUUGGACCCAUCCUGGUACGUUCAGCAUGUGGUGGUGUGGGACCCUCAGACCGACCACAUGUUCUUCUUCCUGCUGGAGGACUGGCUCUCUGUGGAGAAUCAGAAGAACGGCACAGUGGAGAAGGAAGUUCUAGCCUCAUGUCCAGAGGAGCUGACUCAGUUCCGACGGGUCCUCACCUCCCAGCUGAUAUUCGGGAUGGCGGAGCGUCACCUGUGGCUGUCACUGUGGGAACGUCCCGCUCACAGCUGUUUCACCAGAGGUCAGAGGGUUACCUGCGCUGCCCUCCUGCUGCACCUCUACCUGGCGCUGGGGGCUUUGUGGUACGGAGCUGUUGGCGCUGAAGGACACAGUGGGCCACUGUCAUCCCAUCUGCUGGUUAACGUGGAGACAGUCGCCGUUGGGAUGACGGUUGCAGUACUGGUUUUUCCUCUCCAGUGUUUCCUCUGUUUCCUGUUUAGAAAAGCUCCCAGCCAGGUAACCGUGGACAUGUCAGUUCCUCCGUCUCCUGUCUGUCAGUCUGUGGAGAUGGACGUCUACCUUGGCCAGUCGGCUCUCUCGGGCCCUUCAUUCCUGUCUCUGCCAGAUUCUUCUGGCCCAGUCCGAGACAGUACUUCAUCUCUGCUGGAGAGCAAGGCGUUAGACUCCAGUAUCUUGGACUUCUGGGCUGCCUCUGGCUUGGCGCCCCAGACAGACAGAGCAACGCAAGACAAGGGCAUGGUAGCGUGGCCAUCAUGUGACAGCCUCCUCAAUCUGCCGGCAGGCUUACAGCCCACCGAGACGACUGCGGACCCCGACGUCUGCAAGGACUCACCGCUGCAGGGUCCUGGUCGCCAGCUGAGAAGGAAGAGGGCCUUGAUGCAGCUCCACAUCUCCUCGCCCGGGCCCCCUGUCUCUUCCACGGCUCAUCUUCCUUGCACAUAUUCUCUUCCAAAGGACAUUUCCAGCGCUCCCCACUUCCCAGAUGAACUGGGCCAGAAGUUUCCAGUCAUGAACCCCAUUCCAGUCCAAGUUCACAACAGCAAUCUGACUACACUUCUUACUGCGUCUGAGGAGGACCUGCUAAUGUCUAUAGCGGCAGCAGCAGAGGAAACUGCAGAUGCAACCCACAGCAACUCGGACAGCGGCUGGGAUUCCCCUAGAACCACGUCUUCCUUCUCAACCAUGCGAAGCGCCUCCUGCAGCAGCUGGUCAGAGCAGAGCGACGACAAGUUCCUGUACGGAGGAGAGAUCAUCAAGCCCGACCUUCAGUCCUAUCCCUCGCUGCGUGAGGCGGGACUCCGCAAGUGUCCUUCUGUGCUGUCUGUAGACUCAGUGGCAAGCACCUUCCUGCCAAGCCCUUCUCCUGACUCCGCACGGUCGUCCUCUACCACGCGCAUAGGGGUUGUUCGAGGUCAGCCCACCUGGCUGCUCCCUCCCUGGGCACUGUGUGUGAUUUACCCACUGGUGGCUGUACUGCUGGGAGCCUGCCUGGCAGUGGUGGGACUCUAUGGGAGUUUCUUCUCCAGAAGAGUUGUACUCAUGUGGCUGAUAUCAAAUACCUGUGCCUUCCUCUGCUCUGCUCUGCUGCUGGAACCUCUCAAGGUGUGCGCGCAGGCCUUGAUCUACACAGUAAUAUGGAGGCCGGUGGAUCCAGAGGUGGAAGGGCAGCUGGCUCAGGAGACCACUGUGGUGAGAGCAUUCGGAGAACACAGUGGGAAGGUUCGCCCACUGUGUGGCUACGGGCUGCUGCAGGCGAAAGAGGAGGCCCGAAAAGUUCGAGCUCUGCGCUCACUCAUGAGGCACUGUGUGUGCCAGCUGCUGUUUCUGUUGCUGGUGCUGAUGGUGAACUACCAGGACAGGAUAGAGCAGAGGCAGGUUAGGCUGCUGAACUCGGCCGUCAGACGACGUCUGCUCGCUGCACCUUUGGGCUUCCCUAACCUCACCUCACUCAGAGACUGGUCAGAUACAGAACAAUGGAUCAAUCACACUUUGGUGCCACACCUCCACCAGAACCCCAUUUUACGCCUCCUGGGGUUGCCACAGCUGCGGUACACUCAUGCACGCGGUGCCUUGUCAGUUAAACUUCUGGGAAACAACACGGCAAAGACACGGCAGAUCCUAGCUGACCUGCACACAGGGCCGACGAGCAAGAAACUGUUUAAGACUCUUUCUGUAGACUUCACACACUACCACAGAGAGUCUGGCUUAUUUCUAUGCGUGUCCGUACAACUAGAGCAGACUCAAACAAGAGUCACCCCCUUCCUCUCCCUCCAUCCACUCCUCAUCCCUUCAUCCUCCUCUGAUCCAGACCUUCAGGUGGCUCUGACGAUACUUCUUCUCAUCUCUGCUCUACUAAUCCUGUUUGGGGAGCUUUGGUCUAUGGCUACUGAGCGUGCUCAGCAUCUGAUCCAAUGCUGUCACUGGUUCCAGCUCUUCUUGGCCUUGUUGUCACUGGCAACAGCUGUUCUUCAGCUCUGCUGCUUGUCUCUUGCUACCUCGUGUGUUUCCAAGCUGAGGUCCAAGCCAGACAGCUUCGUCGACUUCCACAGUGCAGCCCUCCUGGCCCAGAGGUCUUCUCAGUGUGCAGCUGUCUUGCUCACGCUGCUUGUUUUAAAGCUGCUGGGAACCUUACGGUUUGUGCGGAGGUGGGUGGUGAUAGGCAGAUUGCUGCAGAGAGCCCGGGGGGAGCUGGGGGCUCUGUUUGUCUUGGUGGUGCUGCUGCUGCUGCUCUGCACUCACCUUGGAAACACGCUUUUUUCCCGCUCUGUGGACGGUUUCCUGUCGCUGCAUCAGACCAGCGUCUCAGUGCUGUCCAUCCUGCGUGGCCGGAUGGUGCUUCAGCGUCUGUGUAAAGUCCACCCAAUCUUAGGCCCUCUCUACGGGCUGCUACUGAUGGGUGGAAGUGUUUGGCUCUUGGCCAGACUCUGUGGAGUUGUUCUCAUUCGUACAUACAGGGCAGAGCGGGCUGCGUUGUUUCUUCCAGCCAUUGAACCUCAGGACUAUGAGAUGGUGGAGUUCUUCAUCAAGAGACUCAAACUGUGGAUGGGACUUACCAAGGCUAAACAAUUCCGACACAGGGUCAAGUUUGAAGGCAUGGACAUCCCUCCUUCCAGAUACUCACGGGAAUCUCGUCUUUCCUUCCUGUCUUCCACUCUCGCUUCGUCCGACUCCACUUCUAUGUCCUCUUCAUUUUCAUCCCCCCGGCCCCUGUCCUCGGCUCUCUCCACUAGAUCCGUGGACUCGGUGGUAUCAGAGCCAGGUUUCGAAGUCCAGUCCUACCUGGACAGCCUGCUGCCCUGCGUCAGUGCUGUGCUCGCUGGUUUUGAUCGGGUCAACCAGAUAACCGAGGACAUUCACAACCUGGAAAUGAAACUAGAGGAGGUGCAGGCCACUAGAAGGAAAAACUUCAUAAAUAUCAAGGAGAACAGUGAAGGAAAAUUUGCAGGAUUAGAAAAGCUGGAGGAACCAGAUAGCGAAAUGGUAACAGUAGAAGUUAAGCACAGGAGGAAGGGGUUUCUUUAUCCCAGACCGCGAAUCUCUCUUCCAUCCUCCUUUUCUUUCACACAGUCCGCACUUCAAUCCUCUGCUCGAUCAAUCUGCGUCCUUCCCCGCACACGUAGCUCCUUCUCUGAGUCUGAGUCAGGACCAGUCCAGCCUCAGCCCCGCGGAAACGGACCUUUUUCUCAAGCCGCCAAGCCUGCACCUGGAAUCCCUGGUUCGUGCGCAGGAUCAUCUGGCUUUGGCAAGCACCCCCGAAGAAGAGCUUGGCAUUCUGGGAGUUCUCAUUCAGCUGAUGCUGCUCAGAGGGCAUUUCAACUCGCAGGAGUUGUUUCGUGUAGAAACGGAGGAGACACCGUAGCAUUCACUAGUGCCAGACCCAGAAGUGAAGAGGGAUUUAGAAGGCAUAUCAUUGAUGGGGUUCCCGUCAAGAGAAAGGCAUGGAUCGCUGAAGGACCAGGGACUGAGUAAGAGUGAAUAUGUGUUCACACUGAAAGUAAGUUUAUGUGUUGCCCCAUUGAACUCGUCUGGGCAUUCGAGGAACUGACUGAAUCUGUGCUGUCAUCUACAGAAGUGCCAAUCAGCUGGACUGUCUUUGUUGCACCUUUGGUGCUUUCAGAAGAUGCACUGGUGUGAUCAGAUGACUCUUGCCGGUUGGGCUCCUCUUUCAUUAUUUUACAGGUGUAGGAUUUAAGAUGCAGGUCUGCUCUGCUCUGAUAACGUAGGCCUAUUGAAGGGCACUCUUACAUGGAAGUAAUUUAUUGAAUCAGAUGAUUCGAUUACUUUUUCAAUUCUUUCCGCCCAUCUUAGAAUCUUAACUCUGACUUUGGGCCCAAGCAUUCUUUAGUGGACAGACAAGUUUUGUCUUUCAUGAACAAAACUGUACCUUUACAAUACUGUGAAUGAUGAACAUUUGGUAAACGACACUGUGGACAGUUUUGCUCUACAGAUGAAUAAAGACAUGAGACCAUUUGGUCUGGAGGUA